GUGAGUCGAACCGUUGACCAACGGAAGAAGGGGAAGAGUUAGAGGGUUGCCUCCCAAAGGCAAGAACUACACCAGCAACACGCUGAAGAUGACCACAAGUGCUAUGUAAGGACCAGACUGGGUACGAGUCUGUGUAAGGACCAUUCGCGAGGAUGCCAAUCCAGUUGCGGACACUUUACUCGUGGGAACCGUUGGCCUUUCACAGCAACCUUCGGAUCAAACACAUCCAAAUUGGCGAUGCCUUUGUCAAACCCUAAAUCGCGUCGCCAGGAAUGCGUGUGGUCGUGUAUCCACAUAAAGUAGUGAGAAGUAUCUGCCUCUGGGGAAGAGUCCACUAGCUCUGCCUUCACUACUUGUGCGAAUCGAUGUACAACUGCAAAAUCUGUCUGGAUGAUGAAGAACUUAUCAGUUCGCUCCCGUGUGGACAUAUAUUUGGCACGACGUGCAUUGAAAUACACCUCCGGAUCACCCCUUCUUGCCCCUCUUGUCGUCGAUCGUACACACCAAGGGAUCUAAUGCGUCUACACCCGGAUUUCUUGCCUGUCGAACCAAUAAAAUCUUUGAAACCAUUAUCUCAGGACUUGAAUGAACCAUCUGUGGUCGAAGAGUUUUCGCGCACCCCUACUCCCUUACCAGACCUCAUUCCAGUUUUCCCCUCAGAUUUGGGACUGUCGCCAUUAUAUAACACCCACAGUGGCCCUAACGAAGUUGGGCAGGGGGGCGAAGAGGAGGAGUCAAUGCUACAUGAAGAAGAGAAUGCAAUCAUGCAAGAUGUCGUAGCAUCAUGCCUCCCCUCUCCCAACGCGGUCGGGGGGUCCGGAUUUGCAUCGCAACGCGCUCCAGAAACAGAGGUAACUCGUCUGGAAGAAGCAGUCAAGACACAUAUACAAAUACUGUCCAACGCCGUGAAGGACACUUGCUCUAGAUUAAAGUAUGCAACAUUGAUAAAUGCUGUGCUGGAAGAGACGAUGGACUACAUCACUAUCAUGGAGGAGAGGGAGGUUGAAAUUGAAGAUAUGACAGAAAGUGCCAGAGAGGCCGGGAAGCAGAAGGACGAAGUGAUGAAGAAGCUAGCCAGGUUAAAGAGAAAGGAUAGAGAAGUGUAGGCAUUCUUUAUUUCGCAUCGUCUUGGAAAGGUCGAUAUUGACUCUUGCCCAGGCGUCAGCGAUACGAGAUCGCGAAAAGGGAGUAUGGGC